CCUGCACGCUUCUCAAUUGUCAGCAGCGCCUGUCGCGCGCCAGGAGCGGUUCGGCCUGGAGGUGCCCUGUGCGGGUUGCCCAGAAACGCCCAGGAUGUCGCCAAGCGAAAAGGAUGACCGCGUGAAGCAGUUCAAGGAAUACGUGCAGGCCCUGAAUAAACAGUUUUUGGAAUGGGCCACCAAGCAGUGGGAGAGGAGCCCCACGCGCUUCUGGAGCACCGGCAUGCAGGACUACCUGCGCACGGUUGCGAAAGUGCGGCGGGAGUUUAGCGAUGUCCUGGCGGAUGACGACAACAACAUCGGGCGCAACAGCGGGCAGACGACGCCGGGGGGCACGCCGCCGCCGCCACCGGGCAGCGAGAAGCAGCCGCCCAAGUACGAGCCGCAGCUGUCGCUCACGCCCUUCUGCAACACCAAGGUCAUCCACUUCAUUCGCCACGGCGAGGGCUUCCACAACGUCGGCUACAGCCAGAACCUGGACGCGCGGCUGACGGAGCGGGGCUGGGACCAAGCGCACGCGCUGGGGCGCCACAUGUACAGCCAGCAGCCCACGGCGGGGGUGCAGCUGGUGGUGGUCAGCCCCAUGGCCCGCACGCUGGAGACGGCGGCGGGCAUCUUUGGCAUCGACCCCUCGCUCUGCGCCUUUGACCCGCCCACCAUGCUCAUGGCGGCCCAGGACGCGCAGUGGAAAGUGCGCACCGCGCACGGCGGCCUGUCGCUGCGCCCCGGGGUGAAGCUCGUGGCGCAGGAGCUCUGCCGGGAGCGGCUAGGCCCCUCGCAGUGUGACAAGCGGCAGGCCCUGGAGGACGCGCAGCGGCAGUUCCCCGGGGUAGACUUUAGCUUGAUAGAGAGCGAACUUGACCUGAGCUGGGAGGCGGGCAAGGUGGAAAGCGAGUCGCGCGUGGUGGUGCGUGGCUUCAACUUCCUGGCCUGGCUCAUGCAGCGGCCAGAGACCAACAUAGCGGUGGUCACACACAGCGCCUUCCUCUGGUUCACGCUCACCUGCUUCGGCAACGAGUUUGCCAAGCCUGUGCGGGAGAACCUGCAGCGGUGGUACGAGAACUGCGAGAUGCGGACGCUGGUUCUGAGCGACGGCGGCGGCAUGGGGGUGCCCGACAAGACGUGGUUCCGCGGCGGCGAGGCGUAUGCGGAGCCGCAGAAGGGGCUGCUGCCAAACGUCAAGGAGAAGGGCAAGGGGUCGCUGCUGUCGGCCAUGCGGACGGCCUGGCAGGGCGGCGUGAAGAGCUCCAACUCGUGACCCCGCCCCCGCAGGAUGCUAGCUUGACCCCGGCACAAUGCCAUUCCUUGCUACCGUGCUGGCCCCCACUCUUGACCAAUCAUUCACCGCUUGUGUUCUGCUGGAAUUUUGGAAGGAAGUGUAGCAGCCAGUGACGC